AUGGAUAUUUUUUGCUUUAAAAAUUCAAUUGAAGGAGUUAAAUUAAAACAAAUUGUGUUGUCUAAAGGAAUUUGUAAUUCUAUUGAAAAAGUUAAUAAUUGGGAAUUAGAACAAGUAAACAGUCAAGAUAAUAUUAAAAAAGAUGAAUCAAAUUCGGAAUUAAGCAAUGAUUUUGAUCUUCUUGAAGAUGAAAAUGGAAAGGAGAAGAAAAAGGAAGAAAAUAAAGAAAUUGGAAAGGAACAAGGAAAGGAUAAAAAUUGGAAAGGAUUUUUGAUGACUAUCCUAUUUAAACUUGAAAGAUUAAUUUUAGCCAAUUUCUCAAUAAAAUUUUUUUUUUUGAAAUUUAAUUUAAAAACAAGUUUUGUCUUAAUACAUUAUACAUACAUUUUUUAA